UAUCGCACAGAGGGGCGGUGUUUCUCACGUUACCAUUCACGUGAAUUGAAGUCACACUCUCAGGGCUGCUCGGUGCAGCAAAUCGAGCGUCCCCGUUUUAAGCUGACACAGAAUGAACAAACUAGAAUGAACAACGUGUUUCAGGAAGAAGUUGGCGCCUGAGGCCCCGUACACGGCUAGCUAGCACGCUACAUCGAACGAUGAAAGCUCGUCUAAUGUUCUGAUCUUUCUUCCCGUCUUAAUCAAAGAAUUUCACCAUGAACGACAUGGAAUUCAACGUGCCUCUGUCCUCGCUGGCCCUCCUGGUCCCUCCGCUCCGCCUGAUGUCAGCGGUGAUGUGGGAGGUGGUCCGCCAGCGGAACAUAAAGCACUAUGGGAAACUGGAGGAGUUUGUGUCCAUGGUAACGGAUGCAGUUCCUGAACUGAUGAGUAAAAGAGAAGGCAGACUGCUCUCACUGGGCCUGAGAGCAAGGACGACCCUGGAACUGCUGCGUUCUGAACACCCUGAAGAUCUGAAGGCUGUCGAGACUCACCUCAACAGAAUCAGGACCUCUUGCAUUGAAGAGACAAACGAUCCUGUUAUUGAAGCACCAGAGGCAAACUUUAUGAAGCUUGUGCAAGGCCUCAUUGAAGACACUGAUGGCAGAGAACACUUCCUUAAGAAUGUGUUUCCAGUGGAGUAUGGUCCUGACUUCGACACAGCUCUGGAGACACUGGUCAGUGAAUUCUUCACCAGACUGGAGGAGCUGCUGCCGAUUCCAGAUUUCAAACAGACUGCAUCCUGGAUCAGUGCUGCUCCUGCUGUCCUGGAGGAGUACAUGCAGUGUGUGUCAAAUGGAGAUGACCUCAAAUUUCUUCUCCAGAGCAAGCAGUGUCACGGGAAGCUGGCUAAAAGUAGUGUUGCUCCGUUUCAGUCAGAUGAUCUGCUCAUCCCCUCUCUGUGUCUCCCUCCAUCGCUGGAAGUGGCCAUCGCUUCCCACCCGAGUGCUUGUGACGAUGAAAACAAUGAUGUUCCUCAGAUCGUCAUGUUUGAUGAAGAACUGUCCACAAACCCUUCCACAUCAGCGGACUUUCCCGAAUCCCCCAAAAGGACCGACAUGUCGUCCUCUCCUCGCAGGAGACAGACAUCGGGGCUGCACAAAUGCUCAGAGUGCGACAAAUGUUUCAAGCAUCACUCGGUCCUCAUCGAGCACCAAAGAGUCCACAGCGGGCUUCAGCCGUACAACUGCUCUGAAUGUGGGAGGGCGUUCAGGACCGCCACCCUGCUGGCUGGUCACAGGCUGCGGAAAUGCAAAAAUGCUGCGUAUCUGUGCAUCAAAUGUGGGAACAGUUUUCCAACCUCACUGGACAAAUUCAGACACCACUGUCCAAAACGAGGCCGUAACUAUGACUGUGGCCACUGCGGGAAGAGUUUUCAAAAGUCAAGCAGCCUAAAGGAACAUGUGCUGACUCACGUCCAGAGCCGACUUUUCAAGUGCAGUCACUGCGGGGUGGGUUUCUCAGGAAUAGGGGACCUGAAGUAUCAUCAGCAGGUGGAUCAUGAUAAACCAUUUCAGUGCAAACAGUGUGGAAAGAGCUUUAUCUCCUCAAAGUGUCUGGCCAAGCAUCAGCAGAGGCAUGAGGAGCUCGGUGACAUGGACACAGUCAAAUUAAUGAGUGGAGGUAAACAUAGGAAGGGCAGCUCAGCUCAUCGGACCUCAUCUCUGUCCUCCAGAAAGAACCUCAAAGCGAUGUACCCCAGAGGACGAGUCACGCACAACUGUCCGCUGUGUGGGAGGAGCUUCAAGUACCGCUUUGAAUUUCUGGAGCACCAGAGGUUCCACACGGCGGUGAAGCCUUACAAGUGCUCUCAGUGUGGGAAAGCUUUCCGGACAGAAGCUCAUCUGUCCGGUCACAGGAAGAGGAAGUGUAAAAAUGCGUCCCACAUCUGCACCAAAUGUGGCUGUCAGUUCAGGUCCAUUCACGAGCGGGUCAGACAUCAGUGCGUCCAGCUGCUGACUAAAUAUGAGUGUUCUCAUUGCGGGAAGACGUUCAAGAUGGCUCACCUGCUGAGGAACCAUCAGAUGAGCGACCACCAGCUCCCCUACAGCCCUAACCAUCGCUUCAGGUGCCGAUACUGUGAUGAGACGUUUCCUGGAAUCAGUGAGCUCAAGUAUCAUCAGAGAGUGGACCAUGAGAAACCGUAUCAGUGUCAGGAGUGUGGGAAGUGCUUCCUGUCCGAGAAAUGCCUCAACAACCACGAGCUGCGCCACAAUGACGACCGACCAGAGAGCUGUCUGGUGUGCGGCCGCGGCUUCAGGAACCGCUACGACCUGAAACAACACAUGCGCACACACACAGGGGAGCGACCGUACCAGUGUACCCACUGCUCCCAGUGUUUUUCCACCGCAGGAGGCCUGAGGAGCCACACCCGGGUGCACACUGGAGAAAAGCCUCAUGUUUGUCCUGACUGUGGUAAAGCUUUCUCCCAGAUGGGUGCAAUGCGCACCCACAGGCUCACCCACACUGGAGAGAGGCCAUUCAAGUGCACAGUUUGUGGAAAAGGCUUCACGAUGGCACACAAGGUGACAGUUCACAUGCGCGUGCACACAGGAGAGCGGCCGUACGUGUGCUCGCAGUGCGGGAAAGCCUUCUCAGAUGGGAGUGUGUUGAAGCAGCACAUGCUGAAUCACUCAGGGGUCAGACCGUACCACUGCCAGAUCUGCCCCAAGACCUACACCUGUCUGAACCACCUGAGGAGGCAUCUGAAGAGCCACUCCAACAUGAACUGACUCCAAGACAGACUGAAGCAAGAACUGUAUAAUGUUUUACACACUCACAGAUGCAGCAUUUGGCAGUGAAGCUACUAAAUUCACAAUGGACCAACUUAACUAAGCAAUACAUGAAGGUUUACCAGACGACCCUGUACAGCUGCUUUCAAAAGUAAAGUGAAAAUUGAAUUAUUUCUCUACUAUAAAUUAAAUUUAGUCACCUUAGCCAAAGUCUAGGACUACGUAAACACUCGAAGGAAUGGUUUGUUAGGUUGAGAAAAUGCACUUUUUCUGUUGUGGAUAAUUAAAUGGGAAGAAUGAUACCACUCUGACUAAUGUCUGUUAGAGUCCAGUGAUUUGGGGUUAAAGUGUGAAAAACGCCCCUGGUUGUUGCAGCUGUUGUCUGUCUAUCAGGUGCAGAUCGGUGCAGCUGCACAAUCUGGCAGACACAAGAUGUGUUUGAAAAAGUGGGUGGCCAUAAAAGAGUGCAGACUUCUGCUGCUUUUGCUGCCUUGCUUGCUAACUAGCCUCUCCUUUGAUAAAAAAAACUGCACUAUGAACAUUGCAGUGAACGAAGCAUCUCUAAAUAUGAGUGCAAAGUAUGAUUAUUAAAACGUGUUUGGCUGAACGAGUUCUGUUCAGUCACUCAUGUUUAUUAGUGACAGCAUGCAGCCAAAGGAAUGCAACAGAGGGAGGCCAUGUCUGGCUUUCACUCCACAAUUCAUCUGGGUACAUAUAGGCACUGCAGGCGUGGCACUUUACGCAGAAGAAUUCAGCAUUCUGAGUAAAUACAGCACCAACUGAAGAACUUAUUGCCUUAUUGACUACAUAAGCUAUCACAAAAUGUGGUGACAUUUCCCUUUAAAGCUGAACCCAGGAGACCAUUAGCUUAGUCCUUCACAAAGUCUGUCCUCAGGGAGAAAUUGGGAACCAUCCUCUGUUAGAUUAUUACAGAAAUAAAGCCAGCAAAGAAAAAGAGCAGCACAUUAAAACCAGUCUUUAGACGUAUCCUGCAUUCAUUAUGUGGCAGAUUCAUUUUGCUUUGAAGAGUCAGGUUAAUCUGUUCUUGUUUUUUACCUCAUAUUUAAUGGAUGAAUGAGAAUGGUAUCAAUCUUCUCAUCUAACACUUCAGGAAAAUUUAACCAGGUUUUUCAUUAAGUGCCAAACUCUCUCUGACAUCACGCACUAACAAAUGGUCCGCUCUUCCCUUCUUCCUUCACGGGGUGUUCUUCUUUACUCAAAUCAGCCAGUUAUGCAUGAACACAUGGAUGAUGUCCUGGAUCUUGUUUUGAUUGGAUACUGUAUGUUCAAGAGCUGUAAUGAAGGUGAAAAUCUAUUUUUGGAAAGGCGUCAAAAGUUCUCAAGACGAGACUGUAAAUAUGCAGAGACAAUUAUCACAAGAGUGCAAACUAAGCUACUAUGAUGACCCUGUUUAUUUCAACAUGACAGAACUUUCUUCCUGCAGGCCUUUUAUACGCACAACACAUGGUUUGCAAAGACUGUGGAGAAGUUCAAAUUAAAGACCUUGGUUAUACCUUUUGAA